UCCAUCGAUCGCCGGCCGGAGGAUUGAGAUGGAGGGCAAACCAGCGAGCGCGGAGACGCCGGCGAAGAUGGGCCCGGACGAUGCCGACAAGGAGAUGGCUUACGAGGCGAAGAAGUUCGCUUCGCACGUUCGUGUGUGGGAAUCUGCAUGGGGCAAAACCUGCGGUUUCUUCACGGACUCGACGGCGCUAAGCUCCAUGCAGUUUACACACUACACGCCCGGACACAUACCAUCCCAGGGAGCCGGGUCCAACCCGGCAACCUUGCAGGUCCUCUCCAUCAAGCUCGUAAAAGUAGCCGGUGGCCUCCAGUGGCCAUUGUCCGUUUACGGCGUGGUUGCCGUCCGCGACAUCGUGGAUCACAACCGCAACAUUCUCUUCUCCCGCGGUAGGAGCGAGGCCCUGCAACUCACACAAGAUGAUCCUUUUUUCCCUUGAUUGGCCCGUCACGUGCCAUUGUAUUUACCGACUUGGUUGACAUUGAAAUCCAACUAAAAGUAAAAGGUGGAGGCACAAAAGCGUC